AUGAAAGCACAACAGCUGAACCAUAAAAAAACCACACCACCGCAAUUGACGCCACUUGAGCAAUGUAAGGAUGGUGACGUCAUACCAUCAUCCAAUGAUUGCAAUACGUGCUAUUGUAUAGACAAUCGUAUAAUGUGCACACUAAUUGAAUGCUUCGACCCCAUCUCAGAUAUCGAAGGAGGAUUUAAUGAAGAAGAUGAGUACAGUGAUCUUCAAGUGUAUCAUAAUCAGUUACCAGUAGAACCAAGUGUUGAUGUAAUAACUAGGAAUCAUGGCAAGGAACCAGCGCGACUCGUAUACACACAUACUCAUAAUGACUUUCCAGUAGAAACAAACGUCUACCCUGGGCAGUUAUCAAAAGAUACUUCCACGUUACUAAAAGCUUUAUCCUCGAGACUGCACGAUAGAUAUUAUAAUGCGCCCCCAUUUGAUCUUAACACGGCCAGACCAAAUUGGCAGACAUCAUUCCAUCAGAUCCAAUCCAAUCCUAAAGUCGGCAAACGAGCAGAUGGAUUACCUGAUGGUUUUUUUUUUGGUAUCGGAUUGGAAAAUCCUCAUGGAGACCCACCGCCCUCGAAGAAGGGCAAAGGGUACUGUCAGACUCUUACUAAUUAUGUAAUGGCUGAUAGAGUUGAGAAACGUCGCAUCAACGAAGCGUCAACGAACUCCCAAGCCGCCAAACAUAGAACUUCAUGGCGUCGCAUCGCAAGAGAGGCGGUGGCGCAAGACUCGACCGACGCAUGA